GAAGAGAUGGAAAGUGUUUCACCGGGUGCACCUCAACAUUUUUAUUUUAUACGAUAAAUUUACGUGCAAAAUCUUCAGUUACUGCCUUAAAUAGACAUAAAUACAUUUAAAUAGGUUAUUUUGAAAGGAAAUAUCAAAUAAAGGCUCUAUCAUGCAUGAAAAUACACUUGAUUUGUGCUAUUGGAAAUAGUGCUAGUGAAAACUUAACGACUGUAGUUGAUAAAGCUCAUGAGCAGUUUGUAAACGUCCUCAGUCGACUGAAAUUCACGAGUGUGGUUUGUCAUGUCUCCACCCGAGCUGUCUGAUGGAAUCCUCUUUGGGAUGGGCAAUCCACUGCUGGACAUAUCAGCCCACGGCGACCAGGAGUUCCUUGACAAAUAUGGAAUGAAGCCUGAUGAUGCCAUCCUGGCCGACGAUAAACACAUGCCCAUGUACGACGAGAUGGUCGAGAAGUACAAGGUGAACUACGUGGCCGGCGGGGCGACCCAGAACACCCUGCGUACAGCUCAGUGGCUCCUGGACCGGCCCAACACCAGCACCUUCUUCGGCUGUGUGGGAAGGGAUGCCACCAGCGAGACCCUCAGUGCCACCGCGCGGAAGGCGGGCGUCAACGUGGUCUACCAGUACAAUGACUCGACACCCACAGGCCGAUGUGCUGUGGUGGUCACCCAGGGUGGCAAGUGUCGCUCACUCUGCGCCCACCUGGCGGCGGCCAACUGUUUCACCACUGCUCAUCUGGAGGAUCCGGCGCACUGGGCACUGGUGCAGAAGGCCCAGUUCUACUAUGUCUCGGGUUUCUUCCUGACGGUUUCGAUCGACUCGAUUCUGGAGGUGGGACGGUACGCCGCCGAACAGAACCGGCCGUUCAUGAUGAACCUCAGCGCUCCAUUCCUCAGCCAGUUCUUCAAGGAGCAGCAGAUGAAGGCCUUCCCCUACGUGGACAUCCUGUUCGGAAACGAGUCGGAGGCGGAAACUUUCUCCACGGAGCAGACGUUUGGCACGACCGACAUCAAGGAGAUCGCCCUGAAGGCUGCAGCGCUGCCCAAAGUCAAUACCAAGCGACCGCGCAUGGUGGUCUUCACACAGGGAGAGCAUGACGUCAUCGUGGCAGAAGACGGAAAGGUACAGACUUUCCCCGUUGGAAAGGUGGAUAACGUGAUCGACACCAACGGAGCUGGAGACGCCUUCGUCGGCGGUUUCCUCGCGCAGUACAUCCGCGGCCGGCCUCUGGAGACGUGUAUUCGCUGCGGUACCUACGCCGCGCAGGUGGUGAUUCAGCGUGAGGGCUGCACCUUCCCCGAGAAACCAGAGUUCACCGAGUAACCGGUAGUUAGCUGUUACACCUGAUGAGUGUGUAGUUACUAGUUACACUCUUAUUGCGUGUAAUAUUACACUCCAGAAGGGUGUAUGGAUACGCCAGGAUAGGUGUAGACGUGGAAAUCGUACACGAACGGUUCUGCUUGCUGGAAGAGGGUGACUGUCAAACGGAGCAGCCUUGUUAGGACGUGUUCUACUGCCGUUGUGGCUGAGGGGUUUUGGGCGUCUCUUGCAGGGUCACCGAUUCCUGUGCUCGCAGGAGCCGGUAGAUCCAUUCCGCGAGGGACGUUGGUUUUUUGUUACCGAUGUAUCGGAACCUGGACAGACGGCCGUUGUUUUCUGACUUCCAUGGGCUGUCUGUGUGUAUUUGAUAACGUUUUGUUACUGUUAUCACCGGGACGGCGGGUGUGAAUUCAGUCGGAAUCUGAAGGAUGUGUGAAACACUUCACACGUCUGGGUGUAUUUGUGCACGGUUUUCGCGUGUUGUGCAGUAUUGUCGGCUUGGUCGUUUGAAAUUGUGCCCACUUCGAAGCGUAAGGCGUACGGUUGCUAUGGAUUCAGGGAUAAACAUUGAUGGAUGUCACGUGCAACAGAACGAGCAUUGCCAUUUGGGCGUUGCAUCUCUGCUGUCAGGUACCUUGCUAGAUUGCAAUGGUCAUUUGUAAUAACGAAGGGCCCACCACAGUCGCAGGCGACUUGGUCACUGUACAAUCCAACGUGCAUAAUAGCAUACAGUACUCUGUUCUUGUAGCCUCGGGGGCUCAACUCACUAACCGAGGGUUUUUAAGUAAAGGGACGUGUACCCUUUACUCGACACUUGUCUCGUAUUUUGUAAAUUGACAGCUCUAGAGUCAUGUGUUAUCUGUAAGUACAUAACUUCCGUAUUCGGAAACCCAAUGUCAACAUCAAACAUUGACCGUCAUCGUUUAGUUUGUUUUCAGGUUUGUCCAACCCCAGUUUGCUUUUGCGAAUACUAACAAAACUAAUUUAUGCAUUGCACUGUGUGUAACGUAACAGUUCUUAUUUUUCUUAUUUUUCUUCCUCUAACUCGGCAAAUGAAUUCGGUGAUAUUUGUCUCACUUCACACGCUGCCAUGCUCCGUGGUCUGGCGUGCGUGUGCCAAGCCAGCGAAUUAAAAGUGCCUUACACUAGUAGAUUGACCGUGAAACAGACAACGAUCAGUUUCGGAUGCCUCCUACGUGCAUGCCUACCACUUGGCAUACACGUAAUUUGUGUUGGCUUGCUCUAUUUCCCGGUGUUAUUUCGAUGGAUUUUCGGUGCGGUGAUACCAAUACUUACGCGGGUGGAACAGGGUUUUGUCGAAAUGCAUUCCUUUUCAGUGUGACAAUAUUUCCCUUACGUUCUCCCAACUCUGUUGUUUAACACUUUAAGGUGGUUUCUACGCGUGCCCAUUCUGUGCAAUUUAUUUUCAGGUUCUUUGAAGGGACUUGUCAUUUGCAGUGCCUGCAGGUGUUUUCGAGCGAUUUUCUCUCAUUCGUUUGGUCAUGUCCGAAACCUGUUUUUACCAAUACACCGUGGCGUGGAUA